GACAAAGCGCACGUAAAUGAAAAUAACGGAACAAAGAGGUCAAUCAUCGAAUUCAAUCUUGUUAAAGAGAGAAUUUCCCUGCUUCAGAGUGUAUUUUAAAUUUGUCCCCGAUCAGUGUGAAAUUUUGGAGAGCGAGUUAAAAAUAAAAUCAGAUUUAGCUGAUUUCCUUAUGCCGACAAUCUUGAUUGCGGCUAAAACGGGCAAGUGCGCAGGUCUGCCCUUAGUUAAAGUCCGAAUAUGUGCUGCUUUCCUCUCUCGCACACACAUGCAUCUAAAUUGCGGCGGAGCUGUAAGUCAUUGUUUGUAAAUACUCCAUACAAUUAAAACCAAUACUAUACAAAACGAACGAAUUUCGGAUUCUGUUUCGUUUUGGUUUUAAAGUAGUAUGUGGGAAUAAAAUGAUUUAUUGCGCAUUUCCACACGCACACAUGCACAUGCCCAUCGGGUCAGUCGGCUAAUCAAUCACUCAAUCGAGACACAUGCACACACACCCGUCCGUUUCGGCUCUACAUCAAUUCAGUUUGUGAUUGUCGCUUGAGGAGAGCAUAACGCCGGUCGCCAGGUGGUGGAAAUAAAUUUAUACAUAUAUGGACAUCCAGAUCCAGAGCUACUACACCAAUCAGUGGGAGUAUGUGAAGUGUUUACCAACACUAGACGCUAGAAGUGGCAACUCUGGCCAACUGUAAUCAACAACAGCUGAUUGGCUUGGACAACAGAAAAGAUGGCAGCUGCACUGCCAGAUCGGUUUAGUGCGGGCAAACGGCAGUUCUGGCGCGAGUUUCUGGCUCUUUAUCAGGGAAUGCCGGAGCUGUGGGACGUCCACCACCUCAAUUACCGGAACAAGGAGCUGCGGAACCGGGCGUACGAGUUGCUGGAGAGGAAACUACGGGAGAUACAGCCGAACGCUACGCGCACAGAAGUGGGCAGGCGCAUCAACAUAUUUCGCACCAAUUACAGGCGGGAGCAGAUGCGAAUCCUCAAACAGAAGGAGCUGGGGCUGCACUCCGACCUCUGUAAGCCGACGCUCUGGUUCUACGACUACAUGGGCUUUCUCCUGACCCAGGAGACCUUCCAGCACAGGACCAGAAAAGGUCGGGGCGGCAGACAAAAGCCCGAUUUUCGCAGGGAAAAGGAUGACAAAUACACCUUGAAAAAUCCAGUUCUCAACACGGAAAGCGUUUGUGAUUGGCCGAUCAAGGAUGACAACGCUUUCAACUACCAGUCCGAACCCACUGCCCCGCAAUCCGAGGAGGGUUCCCUGCUCAGUCCAAAAUUGGAGAUCAUAGAGGCGGAAGAAGGGCAGUGUGAAGUCAAAGAGGAAAAUUGUUUGGGAAAUUCAUUGGAAACAAAGGAACCCACUUCCUCGAUUCAAACAGAUCCAGAGAACGAACGAGGAACUGCACCCAUGCAACUCAGCGAGUCCUCCGAAGUACUGGCCAGAUCCUGGGCUAUCCAGUACGAGGAAAUGUCCCCCACGCAACGGAUUCUAGCACGAAAGGCCAUAGCAGACAUCCUGUUUGAGGGAUGCAUGGGCAACCUGCGAGUAAACCGCGGCGAACAACAGAGCACCGUGUCAAAUCAUUUCUAAGCCCUAGAUUACUACUAUUACGUCAUUGGAUAUUCCUGCAUUUGUCACUCUACGACUUAUUGAGCAUCUCAUUGAAGUUUUCGAAAACACAGAACUAUGCAUACUGCUCUAAAGAAAGUUCGAAACCACUCAGGCCAUACUAUGAUGAACGAGGCAUUGCAAACUAGAGAACUAGAAUUUAAGAACUACAAAUACAAUUAAGAAUACAGUUUGAAUAUAUCAACUAAACAGCAUAUAAAUUUCUCUUUGUACAAAAAAUUUCAUCCUCGCAUUUAAAUUUCCCGCCCAAACACAACAGGGUUGGAAAUCGACUUCCAGUCAAACGAAGCAAUAAAUGUAGAGAUGAGUCUUUUGUUGUGCGAACACGAACACCCAAUGUGGUAA